AUGGAGGCCGUCAAAAAUGAGAUUAACCACAAAAUCGACUUGGUCAAGCUCGGGCUCCCCAGCCGUGAGCUUUUCCGCUUCGACUACGGCAAAGCACCUUACCCCCCAUCUCCUUUCGAGAGCGACUUCUUAACCUCCAUAUUCAUCAAAUCCAUGCAUGUGGCCACCCCCAUGACCAUUGCCCUCGUAUACUUCUCACUUGUGCACUUCAUCAACCCCAAGAUCUUGGAUCGCCAGAUCAGGGUGGCUGCUCGUGCUGGUGAUGGUAAAAGUGUAAAGUCCAAUCGGUUGCCGGCGGCACCGUUUGCGAUUGCCAAAACCUGGUUUUUCAAAAUGUUUGUGAUCAUUCAUAAUGCAUUUUUGUGUGUAUACUCUGUGUGGACGUUUGUGGGGAUGUUGGCCACCAUCAAUAGCUCCAAGAAGUUGAUUCGGGUCAACUUUGAAGACUAUAAUUUCAAGUUUGAGUCCAACUUCCAGAGCUUUUUCCAGUCUGUGUGCGAUGUGGACAACGGCUUGUUCAACAUGAACUUGCCAGUCAACAACCUAUUGUUGUUUGGAUGGUUGUUUUACAUCUCCAAGUUCUAUGAGGUGUUGGAUACUGUCAUUAUCCUCUUGAAGGGCCGGCAACUGUCGUUGUUGCAGAGUUAUCACCAUGCCGGUGCCAUGAUGUGCAUGUGGGCCGGAAUCAGGUUCCAGAGCCCACCGAUUUGGAUUUUUGUGGUGUUCAACUCGUUUAUCCACGCGUUGAUGUAUUUCUACUUCACGUUGAGCUGCUUGAAGAUCAAGGUCCCUACCUUGUUCAAACGGGUUUUGACUUCGAUGCAGAUUACCCAGUUUGUGGUGGGAGGCUCAUUGGCGAUGUUGCACAGUUUUGUGUACUUCACAGACUUGAGCACCAAUACAUUGAUCAACUGUAUUUCGACGCCGGACCAGGCGUUGCCGUUGAUCAUCAACGUGAGCUACUUGACACCGUUGACGGGACUCUUUGCGGCGUUCUAUGUGGAAAGCUACUUGAAACGUAAGUGA